ACAAUUUCAAAACGCAAUCAAAAUUAUAAUUGAAAAUUCAAAUAUUCCGAUAUUUACAUAAAAUAUGAUAUUGUAUCUCAAGCUGAAAAACUGAAAAUUGUCGAAUUCAAUCAAUGGAGGAACGCAAGAAGAUCAUAAUCGAUACAGAUCCCGGAAUUGAUGAUGCGAUGGCAAUAUUUGUGGCGCUGCAAUCACCGGAAGUUGAAGUGAUUGGACUCACCACUAUUUACGGCAAUGUCUACACUGCACUCGCCACCAGAAAUGCUUUACACUUGUUGGAGAUUGCUGGGAGGACAGAUAUUCCUGUGGCUGAAGGAUCUCAUGUGACCAUCACUAAAGGUACAAAACUUCGGAUUGCUGAUUUUGUGCAUGGUACCGAUGGAUUGGGAAAUCAAAACUUUCCUCCACCAGAAGGGGCACAAAUUGAGCAGUCUGCUGUAGAAUUUCUUACCGAGCAAGUAAAUCUUCACCCCGGAAAGGUCACAGUGGUGGCACUGGGUCCUCUGACAAAUAUUGCACUGGCCAUAGAAUCAGAUCCCGACUUUGUUAAAAAUGUUCAACAAAUUAUCCUUCUUGGUGGUGCAUUUUCAGUAAAUGGAAACGUGAAUCCAGCAGCCGAGGCAAAUAUUUUCGGAGAUCCUGAUGCAGCGGAUAUUGUAUUCACCAGCGGAGCUGAUAUUCUCGCUAUAGGGAUUAAUGUCACUCAUCAAGUUGUUUUAACUGAUGCUGAUCGAGAUAAGCUAGCAGAAUCAAGUGGAAAGUUUGCCCAGUAUAUGUGCAAGAUUCUGGAUGUAUACUUUGGAUAUCAUCACGAUGCAUACCGAACGAAAGGUGUCUAUCUUCACGACCCAACAACUAUUCUUGCUGCUGUUGAUCCUUCGUUGAUAACUUAUGUGGAAGGUGCUGUUCGUGUCCAAACAGUGGGCAUUACAAGGGGUCUAACAUUGUUCUAUAACAAGCAAAAAAAGGUUUGAGGAAGUUACAGAAUGGUCCGAUAAGCCCACAGUCAAAGUUGCAGUUACUGUGAAUGGCCCUGCGGUGGUGAAACUGGUGAUGGAGAGGCUCAUGAAUUCGUAGAUUUACUUUGAUAAAACUCGAAAAUCUUCAUGUCAUUGUGUUUUAAAACAUUUGAGCAUUUCUGAAAUUGGAAUGCUAUUUGUAAUCUCCAAUGAGCUGCUACUAGCUUGAGAAAA